AUGUUAGGGUUUGGCGUCGACUCUCAUAUGACAGGAGGCUGUUUUGUGGCAGUUGUCGAAAGGGGGGGGAGUGGGGGGGGGGUUAGGGUAGGGUUUUGUUCCAGAAAGUCGGCUGAUAAUUUAGUUCUCAUCUUUUCUUCGUCCUAUUUCCUUGUGAUUAAUGUGAGAUCCUUUUCGUCUUCAAAUGAUGGAGUUCCGUCGUAUUUUAUGUCGGGCCUUUCUCCGUUGAUGCAAUUUCUGUGGUUGUGUUAUCUUCCUUUCAGAUUAUGAUCUAAUGCUCAAAUGGGAAAUAUUUUCUCCAGCUUAAUCUGGCCGGGCAGCUUUACAAUUAACGUCGGUGCUACUCAGUAAAGAGUGCAUGGCAAAGGUUGCGGUGGUUGAGCCUAUGAAGGCGAAAACCUUCGCAGUGGGAAGAUCUCAAUCUGAUAUCAUGACGAAAAGGAGGACCCCAUCAGAGCUGCGGGUGUGUACUCUGCAGCCAUUUUUUACAUAUCUAUAUUCUUUCCUUCAUCCAAUGCAUACUAUGUCAUCUUUUGCGCUGUUUACUACUGUAGCCCCUUACCCCAUGCUCUUUAUUAUAUGACUAGUUUUGAAUGAUUUUUCAUCAAUUUUCCUUCAUUUUCUAAUAAAUUUUAGCUGGCAUUUUCACUUCUCCCACUAUUAUCCCGGGAUACAUGCACAAAGUGUAUGUUUAGGUCCUCUAUCUUGGAUAUGACUAGUGGGUUGAUAAUUUUAAUUUCUCCUCCUGCUCCACCUACGACCUUUGUUUAGGUGAAAACUGAUCCUAUUUUUCUGUUCAUGUUAUAUCUUUGACGGGUAAGUCAUUGUCUCCAAGUUAGACAUGGUCCAAGUAUAUCUUUUCUUUAUUCCUCUUCAAUAACGAACUCAUGAGCUAUUCCUUUGUUGAAACAUUCUUUUUACUGGCUUUUUCGGUGUACUGCCUGUUUUGUGAUGUACAGACUAGUGGAAGGUUUUUGCCAAUGCUUUCAUCCUCAUAUUUUUUUUUUUUUUCAUGAUUUCUCGCCAAUCAAACCCAUGCCAUAACUUUAUAUUAAUUUUAUCUUUUUUCCCUCUAUUAAUGGAAGUUGUGUUGGCCCUUAUUUAUUCGGGAAAGUGAUUUUCCAGUUAAUCCUCUUGAGGACUCUUAUGUGACAGGGUGAGCAGUUAAAGCGACUAAGAUGUGGAACAUCUGCAGAUUCACAGUUAGUUUCUUGCCUUUGACAGGCGCUGGCUUUAUAUAAUAUAGAUGGUAUUUUCUAAUGUAGUUCGUGCUGACAGUCCAAUUUUCACCAGACUUUUUGAUUUGGCAAGAGGGCACAAAAAACCUGAAUCUCUGAGGGGUCCAAAAUAUAUUGACACAAGGGUUGAUGAGGUCUAUACUGCUCGAAAGUUUGGUGACAAGUGGAGAAUGCCCAGUGAAAAGGAAAAGACCAAGGUUGUUGCUGUACUGUAGAUUAUCUUAUGUUCUGCAUCUGACAUUAAUAUUUUUUUUCCAUGUAGUUCUCAUUGUUUAAAUCUAGCUAUUUUUAUUGACUUCUGCGUUAACUGUUCCUCUUCAAACUUCUUGUUGCAGGAUUCUGCCCUCAGUAUUGAAAAAACUGAUAGGUAAAAUCAGCAUCCCACCACUAUUAAAUCAUAUGGAGAUGCAAAAUCCCUGAUAUCACGUUAUACUGUUGAAAUAAGACAUGUCAGUGGCUUUGUCGCAUAUUCUUACCGUCCCCAUGAAUCAUUGAUUUUUGAUGCAGUGAUGAUGCUAGAAAUUCUUGUACAUCAGGAAGUGCUGUCCUGAUUGGAAAGAGCAUCAAUGAUAAAACUUCUCAUAAUCUUGAGAAAUGUAGCCGUAAUACGUUCCUCACAGUUAAGCAGCUUUCUCUGGGUGAUGAAAGAGUCCAAGGCCCUCCGAACAUUGACAUGGUAACCUUUAAUGAAUGCUCUUUGGUCUUAAUCGUUGUGUACAGUUUCUGACUGACAGUACUUAAAUUAUUUGUAGGACAAAGCACUAAGGGGCCUAACAGUUCGAGAAGUCAUUCAUAAUUCUGCCUUCUCAACAGAGUUUUCUGGAAAGCAUGGUGUCCCGCCAUCUUUGUCUUCCAGAAAAUUUAACUCUGAAUUUUGUCUUCCUGGACAUAAAUCGCCACUGGAUUUUACUUUAAAAACUGCAUUGAGGCUGGUAUCUUCCUCUUCGGUGAAAUGGUGUGUCUAAAAGGCCUUUUUUAUGAAUUUUAUCUUAUGAUUUUUGUUAUGUAUAAAAUGCAUUACUGAGAAUUUCAGAAAAUCAUAUUUUUACUCAUAAGUUGACAGGCAAUGGAUGAGGUUGUCAUUUUGCUUGACCUCUCAGUUUGUCAUUCGUUACAGAACCAUGUUAAACAUAAAAUAUUCUAUAGGGAGGUAGAAAUUUAUAUUUAAAGAUACUAGGCGCCUAUAUCUUGGAGUGCCUUUAUUUUGGCCCUUUUGUCAUUGACACUUGAUAACAUUGCUGCCCUUAUCGUGUAUCACCAAAAGAACUGAAAUCAGCUGUUAUGAUGUUGAAAUAUCACUAGGCUUCCUACCAUAAAUUUUUGUAUGCGAAAAUUUGAGUUGUCUUCUCAUUUUAUUCCCAUUCUUAGUGAUCACAUUCUAUUAUUAUUUCUUAGGCAUGCUUUAAUAUCUUUAUGUGGACGUUCUUGCAUCAGUUUUUUAUCAUUCCGGAUUUUUUAUGGUGUAUGAUCAUACAUGCUUGGAAAGAUGUUAAAAAGGAAGCGUAAAAUAUAUUUGUUGUAUCAGAUUUCCCAAGAAUGGAAUUCUCCUUUCCAUCAAUCAGGUUUAGAUUAAAAAAAAUCAAAAUUAUUUUGGGGUUUGCUCAAUUUUGGUGUAUCAAAUUUCCCAAGAAUGCUCAAUUAUCAUGCUCAUCAUUGGGUUUAUUCCAUUAAUCUUGAUAAGGAGGGACAUGAUAUUGGGAAUAGGAAAAAUGAUGCUUUCCUAUCUGGUUAUUAUUCCAUCUUUGCAUUUGUCAAGGCAUAAAUUUUUGUAAGAAAAAUUGUUGUUCUUGCUGAUCAAGAAACUAAUAUUAAACACAUUCAAAUUGUGCUUAUUAAGAAUUUUAAAUUUUGGAAAAAAAUGUUUUCAUUUUCUAUGAAGAAUAUACUCAUCCUUAGGUGAUAAUAUCCACAAAUUCGGUAGUUGAUUAGUGGUAUAUCUUUGAUAUAAAUUCUUUAUACAACUUAUUCAAAUGAUUCUUAGAAUUUUUCUGUAUAGAUUUCUAACUUAACAACGUUUUGGGGUCGGUUUGAAGUUGGUUUGGAAUUUUCAUUUCGGACGAAUUGAAGAGGCUCAUGGAAAUUAAUAGGACUGUGCUUGGAAGAAAAUUUAGUUUUCAAAAUAAUCUUUUAAGGUAGGAUAAAGCACACCAUCAUUGCUGAACUAAAUGAUCACUCAAUAGGAUUUCGAUCUCUGUAAGACGCCACUAGAAAUGGGUUGAUUGAGUAACUUGAUUCAGUGAUGGAAGGAAAAAAAAAUAUUCUGGUCAACGGACGAACUUGUAGGUACUUUAUUAAUUCAAUGGGUUUUGCAUCUGGGUGGUACUUUCACACCAUUGUUCAUCGCAUUAGAUCCUGAAUUCGAUGUAGAUUAUGGCUAUGUAUGGAGGUCUAGUCAAAGAAGUGGUAAAGAGGGACUAUCAACUUGCAAUUUAACAACGCUGGGUUCAUUAUCUGGUGACAUGUAUCAUGUGUAUUUAGGAUACCCAAUGGACCAUUUUCAAAUAUUACCGUGAGUUUCAAAUCCUUCAAGACGUGAGGAUAAAAGUUACGCAAUAAAUAGUAGCUAUAGGAACAAGAUUGCAGCAUAAAUUGUUAACCGUUUGUUUCUAUGUUAUUUCUUCUCCGUCAUGCGACUAAUUAGAUUCCAUUUCGUCUUUUGGCAUAAUAGACAAUAGAGGAGAGCUAUAAUCAGAAACUAUCUGCAGAAAAUUUCAGAUGAUUCACUGCUCUGCUCUUGCAGAUUUUCUCUUUAUAUUUGCUUGGCAUGAUGGUAUCUAUCGUAUUAUUUAUAAUUCUUCACAAUCCAAAACAACAUACUUCGUUCCUAUCAAUGGCAAUUCCUCUCUGAUGUGUAUCUAGCAUAAGACCAUAGAACCGUGGACUACAAGCUUGGCGACUCAUUAACUUGUUAUGGUGGGAAUAAUUAACCUGAUUGAUUGACCUAUGGAGCAAGACUGCACAUCCCUAGUCAAUGUCUUUCAUUUUGGCCGGAGAAGUGAAGGGGUCAUCAAAACUUAUUGAUGAUCUUGAGUCAAUGCACAACGUAGCACCUCUCUGAUCCUUGGUUGUGUUUCUAGAGAAACGUAUCAGUUCCUAUCAUAAAACGCUUGGUGAACUGGGCAAAGCAACGGGUAUUGUUAUGUUGUCUGGGAAAGGGUUCUUGUGGAGACCUUGAGUUCUUACAUAACUGUGUAAUGAUCUUUUGGUUUACUAUUGGUUAUAGUUCAUGAUUUUUGAUUGUACAUCUCUUAUCCUUUUUUUCUUUUCGAACUUGUAGGUGUCACAAGUUAUCAGCAAGUUGGGUUUACAGUGAUGCCAUCCAGUAUCAUGAUGCAUUUGAUGUCUGCUACACUAAAGCUUUGAAUACGUGGACAUAUCCACAGUCCUCUCUACCUUCUUCUGUAGUCUCUGCGAUGUCUUUCACAUCAUCACAGGCAGGUUUGUCUCCUUAUAUCUGUGAACAGUUGUGUUCAGGAUCACAACUUGGAUUCCCAUAAUGUUAUUUCAUGCAGAAUCCAGCUUCUUGCUUAAGCGGCAACAAGAUUGGGAUGAUUCAUUUCGGAGUCUAUACUACAUGCUAAGAAAGAGUCUUUGUAAUAUUUUUUACGGUACUCUUCUUUUGCUUCCCCCUUUUUUGUUGAUUAUGGCAACAUAUGGCCUUUUGCCUUGGCUAUGCUUAUAAAUUGUUCUUUAUUUCUAAACAGACAGGAACACUUGAAAUAUUAAGCACGAUAACAUCGUUUUUUUUUACCUUUUAAAUACGGGGGACUGUCAUGUGUUAUCAUAUUCUUCAUUUGAAUCUCAGUGGCUAUAGCACUGCCCUUUUAAGCGAUUUUUUUGACCUGGUGGAGAUUUUGAACUUAUAUAUUGCCUUAGCGCAAGUACCAAAGUUUCCUGUGUUUUAAAAGGGCUAGUGCCAAAUUAUCAUAUACCUGGCUGCCUCUUGGAGUGAAUUAAGGCCUGGUAUGUUCAGUGCUGUGCAGCUCAUCCUGUAUACAGAUCCUGUAUAGAGUGAAUUAAGGCCUCUUAGAGUGAAUUAUGGCUUGCCUAUUUUUUCUGUUGUAACGAAUGGAUUCGUAUAUUGUCCAUGAGAGUGUGAUUUAUAAUUAUCUUUCUGAUAAUUUCUCAAUGUGAAGAAUUCUUCUGAUUUUUCUUGCCUAAAGUUGAAAAUUUCUUAGAGUCUGGAGUGAUUGAUAUACACUGAGAUCAUUGAUUAUCAUUGUACUGUUGGGGGAGACCAGAUGCAGAGAGAAUGGCUAGGAAGAGUUUUUUAAUAUUCUAAAGAGAUCUUUCUUUUGUAAGGCGGCCUAAUUUGAUUGAUACGAGGCAGGUGAUGACCCAAUGAUUUGCUUUUUAUCCUUGGGCAUCAGUGUAUUUUUAGUUUUAACAUCCAGGCAGUUAAACGUGAAUAUGCUCAUCUUUAAUGCCAUUGAUUCAAUGCAAGUACGUUCUAUUUUUGUACACUGUCAUAUAGAAAGUGUUGAUUAUGUGGAUUUGCAGUUCAUACUACGCAAUUCGUGGCAAUGUUCGUUGGUGGCCAGUUCUUGGAGAAGAAAAAACGUUCCAUCAACGCAUACAUUUCACAGUCAACUACUGGAUUACGUUCUUUGCUCAGAGAGCAUGUAUGAUACGUCUCCUUGGCCUCAUUCUUCGCAUAUGUUGCAAUUCUUUUGACUAAUAUACAUUAGAUAGUUUUUGGACUGAAAACCUGAAAAAUAAGUUUUUGGACCAUAGCAUCCAGAAAUGUAUGCAGAAACCUUUGCUGUUCAGUCUUAUCAUUUCUCCAUGUUCAUGAUUACAAUCAGGAUGUAGCUUUUUCCAUGCCUCUUUGCCAUUCUGAGGCUGAGCAGGCCGCUGAAGAUGAUCUUGUGGAGCUCUCUGAGAUUGAGAACCAAAGCCUUGGCCGGGUAUCCAUCCUCUCUCUCUCUCUCUCUCUCUCUGUCUGUCUCUCUCUCUUUGUCUCUCUCUCGUGUCCUCUAAACUCUCAUUCAUGCUUUAAUACCUGAUUAAGAAAUGGCCCGUCCAUCCAUCCAUGCAGGCGCUUCAUUUGGAUGCCCUUUCUGAUGUUGACAGCAGUCCUCAAUCUUUGCUGGCGUUCACUGGAAACCACAACGUUCAUGCCCUAUAUGACUUCCUGUUGAAUCAUAGGCAAGGACCCACGAAUCUCUUUGCUGGGGACUUAACACCAUGGGCUCGAUGGGUGAUUAAUCUCUUCUCCUCCUUUCAGGUAUUUCUCCAGCUCUCUGGCUGGGGUCGAUGUUCCAAUGCUGUACUCCCCUAUGCCUUUUCAAAAUGCCUCUGUUUGUAUUCCCGAGGUUAGUGGUUGAUCAUAAUAUAAUAUGCAUGUAUGUAUUCUCUCUCUCUCUCCCUCUCUCACAUUUAGCCUUACCUGCUUUUAUGUUUGGUCGUUAUUUGGAUUCCCCCAGGUGAGAUGCAAGGAGAUGAAGAGAGCUGACGCAGUGGAGGGCAAGGCUUGGGGCGGCUUCAUGUCCUACAGCAUUGAGAUCAAGGACGCUGUUCUCCCACCAUGGGUAGUUUCUGGGCUUUGUGCGGCCAUGGGAGCUCGAGGAAGCAGCUUCCAGUCCAGGUAUGCCUGAAUCCUAAGCUGCUCAGCCUCCUCUUGGAGCAUCAGGCCCAGGUCAUGCUUUUGUGGAUAGUCGUUCAGGCUUCAUUCUGAGGCUGGAGCCUAGAUGGUUACUCGGAUGAGUCUAGAAAUUAAAGCAAAAAGGAUGCUCUCUGCAGCUUUACGACAGAGCCAAUGUCCAUGGGGCUGAACGUUGCUCUCAAUUCGAUUUUUGGCAAGUCAACGUCAUCCUCUGCACCAGACGAGUGCACCCCCCUGUCCGGCAGCACUCUUGGCUUUCCUGAAGCUGUCAUUACCCCACAGCUGAACUCUGCUUUCUUGAAAGAGCUAAGGUAUGACAAUGGCUCCUACGAGGCCCAUCUCACCCCACUUUGAGUUACUCUAUCCAGCCCGCAGGAUCUCUCCAUAUCUCUGCCGAUUCUUCAAGCCCUGCUGAUCUUCUUCUCUCUGGUGGUGGAAUUCUCAAUGUGAAUCUGUGAUAGCUGUUGGAAUUUCUUUUCUGUGAGAGAACUUUAAUGCCAUCUUAAUAUGAGGUCGCUUAAGUGGCUUGCUCUCGUUAGACAGAUGAUUGUCUUGGUCUGCCGCCCUGUACCUCAGUUUGCUCUCUCUCUCUCUCUCUCUCUCUCUACAUUGAAAUGUAGAAAUCCAGCACUGUAAGUGUUCCUCAAGGGAGAGGGCAGACCUACAUUGGGCGACUUUCUCUGCUAUUUUUGUCUAAGCAUUAUGUCUCAGAUCUACAUUGAAAGAAGACUUUUCUGGUUAGGGCAAAUGCUCUUCAGUCAGCAAUUUUUCAGCUAG